UUUUCUCCCUUUCUUUUUUUUUUUUCUUUUGAAGAACACACAUACACACAUAUAUAUAUAUAUUAAAUUAUUUAUUUAAAAAUGGACAUGAUUGUUGCAGAAGUACUUUCAAAAUGGUAUAUUUAUUUUUAUGAUCAAGUGGGAGCUCAAGUCCAUGCACCUCCACCUACACAACUCUUUGAAAUCGUCUCCCAUCUUUUAUCCGUAAUUUACAACCACAGUCCAGCCAUUGUACGAACCUACCUUACCGUCUUAAACACCAUCAUGCCCGUCCAUCCACAAGAGAACGAGAUUGUCCCUGUCGUCCUCGCCACACUCGUCCUCUACGCACUCUUCUCCAUCAUCGUAUUCACUGUGCGGGGUCUCUAUCGCUGUUUCAUGGGAUUUCUUAGGUUCAGUAUCAUCCUAAGUCUCGUCACUGUCUCUUUCGCUAUCCUGUUACAAUCCCUACAUAUAACUGUUCAACCCCAAAACGGGAUAAAAUAGUAUUAUGCGACGUCGUAAAUAAUAAAUUCAGUUUGUUACUCCGACUGAAUUUUCUUUUUUUUAAACAGUUGCAUUGAAAUUUAUAUUUAGUCUUUGGUCUAGGCGAACUAGAGUUGUAAUUAUGAUUCGUUGUUGAAUGAGAGACCCUUGAAGCGCAAUCAUACAAGUAAAAAAAAAAGAGUCCAUCCCCUCUAUUGACGAUAAACAGAAACUAGAAGUCUUACAUCAAGGACGAGUUUGUUACAAGACACGAACUAGAAAACAUGUGUCUUUUGGGAGGAAACAAAA